CGUUCGCGCGCGGGAGGUUGGUGCCGAGCCACGUUCGGCCGCUGUCGUACUGCUGCGCGCCAGGUUCCUGUGAAAAUGCAGCGAGCAAUGGCGAUCAGGUAGCACAUCACAUUGAAGUGAAAGGAGCAUCGUCCCUGACGCAUCCAGGGAACCACGCAUCACUCACUCGGGAAGGGACGUUGCACAGAGGUCGAACCACGCCGGUAGCGGCGGCAGCGUUUGUUGAUCGACCGGACCUGCGCGCGCGCUCUCCUAGUUCACGUCCGACACAAGCGGGCUAUGCGCUGUUGCGGAACAGCGGUCUCGGUAGGACCGGGCCAAGCCGCGUCGUAGCCGAGACGUGCUGCGGUGUGAGUGACCCCCGAGAUGGGCGGCCUGAUCUGAAGCUGAACCGGCUCGACGCGCCCAAGAGUAGCUCGGCCACCCAACCUUGGAGGAAAGACAGUCUCAUACCCGAACGUACUGGUGCACUCCACUGUCUCGCCAGCAUCGCUGGUGCGAUCAGGCUCCACCUCAACCGCUGCUUCUAGUCACAGAUCUAGCAUGGAGACGCCCGUGACGAGCGAAACGCCAUCAGAAGAUUUGCGGAAAGCGUUGGAAUGGGAGCUGGGCCUGGACAGCCGAGACUUGCGCAGCCAUGCCUGGUACCAUGGCACCAUCCCGCGGCAGCGUGCCGAGGAACUCAUGACGGUCGACGGGGGCUUCCUGGUGCGAGACUGUGUCUCGCGGCCCGGCGAUUACGUGCUCACAUGCUGCUGGAAGGGUGCACCGCUCCACUUCGUCAUCAACAAGGUGGUCCUGCAACCAUUCACCGUGUAUGAGCGUGUCCAGUACCAGUUUGAGGAUGACUGUUUUGACACAGUGCCUGACCUGGUAACCUUCUAUGUUGGAAACAAGCGGCCAAUUUCAGCUGCUUCUGGUGCUGUAGUAUCAAGACCAGUGAAUAGGAGCAUGCCACUUUCCUACUACGCCCAGCGCUAUGGCAUUGAGGUGUCCCAAGCUGCAGAGCCACCCCAGCACAGGGCUCUUGAUGCCACUACUAUGGUCCCUGCACCUUCCAAUGGGCUGUCUACUGAGCCCCACCUACCACAAAAACUGCACUCUUUGGGCCAUCCAAAUACUGGGCAGAUACCGUCGUGUGCGACGUUGCCGUGUAGGGACAACUCUGGAAGCCACAGGAGAGGCUUCAUUCGUGUGGGCAGUGAUCCACUACUCAGCCCAACAUUGGAACGUAGGACCUUAGAACACAGGCCACUUUCCAGCACGGUCAGCUCGGAGGCUGCCCAGAGGCACCUUGAAGGAAGCUCUGAAGACCAGCCGCCACCUAAGCCUAGCCGAGUUCCUUCAAAACGACUACAACAGAAGCCAGCAGUUGCCAAGAGAGACCCUGUUCCAGUGAUGCAAUAUGUCAACAACUGUGAAGGCGUCUACUCUGAACUUGCUGACAAUGGUGGUUCAUGUCACAUCGCUGAAGCUGGUGACCCUGCAACACGACCAAGUGAUAUCAAGCGGCAUGGAUUGCCAGCAUUGCCACACCGAACUCUCAUUCGAACUGGCGCUGCUGGCCCAACACAGGUGCCAGCUGGGCAAUGUUCUGACACAGUGGCUUGCAAUCGUGUAGUGACUGUGCCUGAAAUUGACCCGCCAUCAACAUUUGACUUAGUGACAUUUGCUACAACGCUGCUUCCAUCUGAUAAUAAGCCACUGGACAAGAGCAUUAUGGCACGUGUGCGUAAUGUCCUUCUGGAGAGUGGGCCUCGUGCCUUGGCUAACCAUCUGACUCGGCUUGACUUAGAUAUGUUGGGACUUAAAGGAGAAAGAGACCUGGGGCUUGGCGUUACAGUGGGUUUGGAACUGCUGGCUUUGCCCCAGGGAUCAAGGUUCAGGAAGGACCUUUUGGAACGGACUGAGUGCCUAAAACUGUUUGUUGCAUCAACGCUGUUGAUGUGUGCUGAUGAUGUGGAGCGUGUGGAGCUGCUCAACAAGUGGAUCCAAGUGGCAGGUGACACAAAGACAGCUUUGGGAAACCUCUAUGGUUUCACAGGAAUCAUGCAAGGACUUGCUAUGUCACAGAUCUCUCGAUUGAAGACCACAUGGCUGGCAUUGCGCCAACGGCAUACAGACACUGCACUUGCCUAUGAGACCAAGCUGCGGCCAGCCCUGAAGAACAUGCAGGAAUGUAGCAACCCUCAAGCACCCAACACCUGCCUGCCUUACUUACUCUCUAUACUGCUCAUCCUGGAGCACAGCUUUGAAGGGCUGCUUGUAAAUCCAUCUGCAGCAUCUUCCCAACGCAAGGACACUAGCUCAGAGCUGCUCCUACUCCCUUGGGAGAAUUCAACUGCUGACUAUGGUCUUCAGUUGUUGCUUUCACACCUAGAACAGCAGCGGCUGGUGACUCAACAGCUUCCAACAUAUCGGCGCAACGGCGAGAUUGUGUUCGAGAAUGUCAAGUUAGAUGACAUUAUGCUGGACCUCUUUCGGACCGAGUUUCACCUGUUGUUCCUGUGGGGUGCACGCGGUGCCACUGUGGCAUCCUGUGAAAGACAUGCCAAGUUGACACAAGUGUUAGCAGCUAUGUCAGUUCGGUCUGAACCGAUUGGCACACCUGUGUGAUGAUGGGGGUGGGCGAUUACAAGUGCCUGAGCCUAGUGAACAGGUGGCAUGAAGUUAAUGAACAAGAAGGGCCAGCUGAAGUCAUCUUCCUUGUGACAGCAUGUGAUUGUACCAAAACACUGGAGGAGUUUUCAGAGUGAUGAAGACAAGACUGUGAAUAGUGAUGAUCAGCAGUAGCUGAUGCACAGCAUUGAAGGCUAGUGAAUUUUAGGGAUGUUCAUUGUAGAUUUCUUGAUCAGCUAGUACUCUGAAUGCCUUUUUUCAGCCACUUUACUGUGGACAGGUAUAACAGCAUGCAACAGGUCUUGCAUCAUUUAUUGUAGGUUUGUGACAAGAGUAUGUACAUGUUUCUUGCAACACAUUACCAAAAGAGGUUUUGCAGUCUAAGCUGCUUCUGGAAUAGAUGUGAUUAUGCAGUCACAAUAUGUGAAUGUGCUGCUCCUACUAAGCAUCAAGUAUGAAAACAAUAUAUGUCCUUUUGCUCUUAAGAUGUGCUGUAAUUUUUAAUGUUAAAUGUAGAUAGCAUACAGUAGCAUAGCCAGAGCGUAUUUUUGAAGGGGUUUAGGAGGCAGGUGUUUUCAACGUGCUCAAAACUUUUUGUGUUUCCAGCCUGCUGAUAAUCUGCUCCUUUUUCUUAAGAGCGUUUCCUUAUGAUAAAAAAAAAAAAAAAAAAAAAAACAACAACAUUGUGGGAGCUGGUUUGACACGAAGACUCCCUGUGGCCAUUCUCCUGAUAUCAUAAUUUAUUGUUCACGAUAAUGGAAGUAAUUUUGCCUGUAUGCAAGUGAUCCCAGAGAAGGGUUGAGAUCGAAGGGAGUUUGUUACAAACUUAUGGUUUUACUUUGUGGAAGUGGCUUAAAGGGGUCCUGGAAUGUUUUGCUAACCUAUGGGACAUUAUGAACUUAAGGCACUGCACGGGUGACACCUAGAUGAAACUUUUUGAGGUAAAAAAACGUGAGUGAAGUCGCACUGGUCUCCUUGUUUUCUAGCCCCUUCUGCUUGCAUGUCUGGCAGUUCUUGGAGCACUGUGCCACCUUCCAUGACCUUGUCAAUGUGCCCCAUAUUAAUACAGAAGUUUUCCAUGGCUGAGCCUCUCAACAACUUCCUACCAAACAUCCGUAAUGGGACUUGUGUUCCCAGUGGCACAAAUGUGAAAUAAUAAUAAAUUCUAUCAAAAGCUGUUUCCCAGACACAUGGUAAUUUGUGACAUUGUCACAGUACAGUUAGCCAAAAAUUUUCAAGUCAUUCCUUUCACCACUUGCUGCUUUUAUACUGAUAAUGUGGUUUCAUUUUUCCCUUUUGUCUUCAUGUACUUGUUCUCUGCUGUUUUGUAUGGUUUGUUCACUUAAUGCAUCAUUGGGAUCAGCCAAAAGAAGGUGCUUUAGUAUGUGGUGGAUAGUGCUGCUUGUGAGGGACAAGAGGCAGAGUAAGCAUACUUGAAAAAUCAAUAUAUGAACUACAAAAGCCUAUAUUUAGUCAGGGACCACAUAAUGAGCCCUCACAGUGUGUUCCAGUUUUUUUUUUUUUAAUUGCAGUGAAUAGUGUGUGACCUACAUACAUACAAGUUAAUUAAAAGUAGUGUAAUAUUCAUUGACAUCAACUAAACUGGCCAGAUUCAUCAUGUUACAAGCUUCCCGGGGCAGCAUCUGUGUGCACAUGUGUGUCUCUAUUGGUUGCUUUGGGCAGUGUGGUUGGCUUUUAUUGUGUCCCCACAAUCUUAGUAAAGGACAGGAUUGUUAGGAAAUGUCCUCACCUUCUGCAACUUUGGAAUUCCAGGAAUACAAUGGGAACUUACGUACAUGAGCCAGUAGCAAGUCUCGUCACAAAUGUAGCAAUUAUAUGUUUAGAUGGGAUCAGUGAUUAUUUGCUUUGAAACAUCAUUAGAAAAGCAACCCUUUAAUCCCAGGUGCUAUGCCCUUUUUCCGAAAAAAAAUUACAGCUAGUGCCACAUUCAUCCACCUUUCGUUCCACAUAACUUCUCUUUCAUUUCCUUAAGCUAGGUAAUGGACAUGCUCUAGUUUUUUUGCGGUGUCGAACAUAGUUGAAUAUUUUGUCACAGAGGUAUAGGAGACAUUGCAAUUUCCUGCAUGUACUUUAAGGCGUGCACGACAGUUUGUAGUACUAUUGAUGCUGUAUGGCAAAUGCUCGCAAGAAAAAAAAAAAUAUAUAUAUAUUUUGUUCUUUUAGUGCUGCACUUACAGAUGGAAUGUACAAUUUUGAAAUUGAUGGGUGUGGAAUGUUGGUUUCACUGUUUAUCGUUUGUAGCUUGUUUUCAGUUGCCAAGAUCACACUUUUGAUCACAUUUUGAGUCUCUCCCAAGAGGUAGCAAUAGUAGCAUCGCUAAACAUUAGUCUAGACAUUCCGAUUCUUUCGUUUUGUGCUAGUGCUUCAAAAUACUUUAGCUAAAUGCAUUCUUAUUAUAUACAGAAAGACAAAAUAAGUGAGUUGUCUUUCCCAAGGCACACACUAAGUCAUCUGCUGACUUGAAUCUACACCAUUAAUCUGCAAAUGUGGCUACCAACAAACCAUUAUUGCACAAAGACAAUGUCUCAUGUGUACAUGGUGUUAUGUUGAGCCUGGUUUAGGGUUAAAGGGAUACUAAAAAGCUGUGUUAGUAAAUUGCCAUUUUUUAGAAUGCUGAAAAGAUCACUGUUAUGGCACGUACACACUAGCGGCAAAACGCAGCAGCGGCAGGGCGGCCACACUAACCGGCGGCGCGCCGCUGCGGCAAUCACGUGACAGACUAGACUCCUCUCCAAUUCUCGAACUAUCCGGGAGCUCACGCGUGCAGAUGAUAGUGCGAAACGAGAAUCAAGCGGUCGGGCGGGUCCGCAUGGCACCAGUUUCCAGGCACCAGGCCGUCACGGAAGCGGGCCGCUCUCAUUGGUCUCCUUCAUUCGCGGCACGCGGCAAACCACAAAAAAUCGGUCCAGGAGCGAUCCCUGCCGCGGCAACAAAAACCCGUUUCGCGGCGCCCGUCUUACCGCCGGCGGCGCGCUGCGCGCGUUUUUCCGCUAGUGUGUACGUGGCAUUACUGUGAGCAGAUGCUUGGUAGGCCAGAAAAAUACACAAAAACAAGAGAACUGCAGUGAUACUUCAUUAAAGUUCCUGCACAAACGUCCUGUGAGGACAUGGAGCAUCUCUUCUGUCUAGUUAAUUAUUUAUUGAUAAAGAAAGAAUACAUUGCAUUCUAAGUAAACGAAAACUCGCCGAGAACGGUUUGAAAACUUUUUCUGGUUUUAAAACACCUCAAAUAUGAGAAAGUAGCAUGAAGUCCGUGAUGUCACAUUGACAUAGUGGUGCUGCAGUUUGUGUUUGAAAUUCGAAAAAGGGAAGUUUUGCCUUCAUUUUCUUCAUUAGUAAUGAACGUGUUGCAGGAUUGAAAAUACACGCUUUGAAAGAAUACCUCAUCAGUGCAAGCUGGUUUAGUGCUUUUUAGUGUUCCUUUAAAAACUGUAGAGGUCUGUUUGCAAGUGCAGGGUGCAAUGUGCCCUCAUGUUAUUAUUUUUUUUUUUUUGGGGUGUGUGUGUGUGUAAAUAAUUUACUGCAUCCCAUGUGUAAGCAACCAGUUCCUAUCAUGUGCCGACACAUAGUUUCUGUGUAUUGAUGUAAGUGAAAAAGUAACAAAAUAUGCAUUACUGGACAUUUCUUAAAAAGCAAGGUUACUUUGUUAAAGUUAUUGCUAUACAGUAGACUUCUGUUAAUUUGACUCCAGUUAAUUCGAUCCCAACCGAAACCCAUGCAUUCCUAUGGGCCCAAAGUUUCAUCAAAAUUGGCCUUCGCUGCAUAAUUCGAACUUGGUAGAUCAGCAAGCAUGCACCCAACUUCCUAUGGUGACCCAAAUACAUCAUCAUCAUCAGCCUAUAUUUUAUGUCCACUGCAGGACGAAGGCCUCUCCCUGCGAUCUCCAAUUUCCUCUGUCUUGCGCUAGCGUAUUCCAACUUGCGCCUGCAAAUUUCCUAACUUCAUCAUCCCAUCUGGUUUUCUGCCGACCUCGACUGCGCUUCCCUUCUCUUGGUAUCCAUUCUGUAACCCUAAUGGCCCAUCGGUUAUCCAUCCUACGCAUUACAUGGCCUACCCAGCUCCAUUUCUUACGCUUAAUGUCAACUACAAUAUGUCAAAUAGAAUAUUUAAUGGCAGUGUCUAUCUUGGCUGAUCUUAGGGGACAGCAAACGCGUUCCGUCGAAAACGCCUCUUUUCGUUCGGCCUUAGGAAGAUUUUCAAGCAAUAACCGUAGCUCACUAUGUCUGAUCACUGUAUUUACCUGAUUCCAACGUGGGCUGAAAAUUCCCUAAGCGGUGCAAUCGGAUAUGAAACCAAAACUACCUUCAUGGCAUUGCAUGCUUUACCGCAUAACACUAAUGUACCACGGCAAAGCUGACACUAGGAAACCGACAAGUGUGGCAAGUUGGUAAAGUUGCACAAUCAACAGUGUAACGAAUACAGAGACUAAGAAAAGAAACGAAUGUUACAGGCGCUAUCCUAGGAAACAGGCCUCCAUUCUGCAAGACUUAUUUUUCUUGCUAAAAAAUCGGGUGCAAGUUAGAUAUUUUUGUUUAGAGCUUUAAUGCAAUUUCUACGUUAGUUUUCCACUUUGGACACACAGAAAGUGGACAUGCAUUUGACUCGGGGGUGUUUACGAUUCUGGCAAAUACUGCCAAUGAAUCGGCGGUGUGUUUCGUCAUUUUUUAUACAUCUUAAUUUGACCCACCAGAUAAUUUGAUCAAUUUUGCUGGUCCCAUCAGGGUCGAGUCAACGGAAGAUGACUGUACUUAUAUGUCCCCCCGUCCCCUUCUCUCAAAAAAUCUGCCGUGCAAUGCUAUAGUGUUUACUACCAAUUAUAAAUGUAAAAUAUGGGGUAUCCAAUCUACUGUAUAAACUGAAAUAUAGGUUGAGACCCCCCCCUUAAAAAAAAGAGGCACCGCUCGUCUCAUAUAGCGGCCUUUGGCACGUUGCAAGUCGUCGUCUGGCCAAGGUCAGGGGCUGACGUGUAUUACGGGCAACCUAUAUUCCAGUUUUUACGGUCGUGUAUUUCUUUAGAAUUAAGUCACGAUUUCAGACUCAAAUGUGUGCAGUGUGUGGCUUGAAAUCUAGGCCCAAAGACAACUCUCACAAUGCAGCUUUGUCUUCAGAGUUAAAAACAAUGUGCAGUUCACUUAAUGGGAUUGCACGUAACUAAGAAAACACAAUUCCAAUGCAUUUGUUAAGUAUGUUCUAUGUAUCCACAUCAAUGCCAGAGGGUCUAAAUUCUGUUAGCAGCUUCAGGGAGUGAUGGUGAUAAUGGAUGCCAAUAGAACUUGCAAAGUUUCUAGAAUUUGCUAGUAAGUGUUAGAAAAAUACAGAAAUCUGAUUUUAUUUAAAGAUUUUUUAAAACUUGCGCACUGUUUUUGGCAGCUGAAUAGCAUACAAGGGUUUCACAUUGUACAGCCUCUCAAGUUUUGUAUAAAGGAUGAAAAUGGAAACAUUGUGUACGAUGUAUAUAUGCUUUGACCUGUACAUGCGAAGUCACACGAGAGUACGGCUACAUUAUGUAAUGACAGUGAAUUAGAACCUAGUAUGUGCUGUAAAAGACACAAACCAAGUGUGAUGUUAUGAGAGCUUUGUGUUGUGUGAUGACCGUCACCUGUUCUAGUCACAAAAUUGUAAUGUGUCACCUGAUUAAAAGCACUAUGUGUUAGACCAAAUGAA